GCAACUCUCUUACCUCCAUGCCUAUUAGCACUCUGCCGAGUACGUUGAAGACAAUAUGGAUAUUUCAUUGCCGGAAAUUGAAAUUGGAGGCACCAGAUAGUAGUAGGAUGAAUUCUAACAUGCUUCUGGAGGAAUUGAGACUGGAUGAAUGUGAUUCUAUAUCAUCAUCACCUGAGUUGGUCCCAAGAGCACGCACUUUGCGUGUAUUGAAAUGCCAAAACCUUACUAGGUUUUUUAUUCCUAAUGGGACUGAAACACUCCAUAUUUGGCGUUGUGAGAAUCUUGAAAUACUACUUUCGGUGGCAUGUGGGACCCACAUGACGUCAUUGUAUAUUUUCGAUUGCAAAAAGCUAAAGCGGCUGCCAGAAGGUAUGCAGGAACUCCUUCCAUCUCUUAAGAUUCUGCGACUGCAACAUUGUCCAGAAAUAGAGUCCUUUCCUGAUGGAGGAUUGCCCUUCAAUUUUGAAGUCCUUGAGAUCUACGAUUGCGAGAAACUGGUGAACAGCCGAAAGGAGUGGCAUCUACAGAGACUCCCCUGUCUCCGAGAGUUGGAGAUCUACCACAAUGGCAGUGACGAAGAGAUUGUUGGUGGUGAGAAUUGGGAGUUGCCUUGCUCUAUUCGAAGUCUUUCCAUAGCCAAUCUGAAAACAUUAAGCAGCCGACUUCUCAAAAGCCUCACCUCUAUUGAAUAUCUAUGGACUUGUAAUUUACCUCAAAUUCAGUCACUGCUGGAAGAAGGGCUUCCCUCCUCUCUUUCUGAGCUUUAUUUAUACGACCAUGAUGAGCUUCAUGCACUACCGACCGAAGGUCUUCGGCACCUCACUUCGCUUCAAAGUCUACACAUCAGCAAUUGCAAUCAAUUCCAAUCACUUCCCGAAUCAGCGCUGCCCUCCUCCCUCUCUGAGCUGAACAUCUGGAAUUGCCGUAAUCUCCAAUCACUUCCAGUAAAAGGGAUGCCCUCUUCCCUCUCUAAACUAUCUAUUCGCUACUGCCCAUUGCUCGAACCACUCCUAGAAUUUGACAAGGGGGAGUACUGGCCAGAAAUUGCCCACAUCUCCACCAUAGAGAUUGAUGACGAAUACCUUUGAGGAUUUAAACCGAAUGGUUCUCUCACAAAUUGUGGAGCAUCUAUUGCUCAAUCCGUAUCUUGUAUUCGACGAGGGAGCUUACUAGCCAAAAAUUGCUCAUAUUUCCACCGUAAAUAUUGAUUGGGAGUACCUGUAAUCCGAUAGAUACAGAAGUAUGAUUCACCAUCAUGAAAGCUGUUCCGCUUUGUUCUGCAAUUUGUCGUCUCUUCUACAGAGAUAAAGGGUCCAACAAAUGCAACCUCACUUUCUCAAUGAGGUCCAACAAGCAAGCAAUUUGCGCCAGAGAUGAAUUUAAGUCUAAUAAAAUGGACCCACGUAUCAUGAUGUAUUUAACACUAUGCUAGUCGCUAGAGGUUGAACAAUGGAGAAGCCUUCAGUUCUUGAUUAAUAGACGUCAAUUGGCAGCUUGGCUCCCUUCCCGUUGCUUUGUUCUUCUAUCGAAUGCAAAGCUCUAACAGAAUUCAUAGGUGUAUAAUACACAAGGUUUGUUUCCUAUCUAUCAAAAGUAUAAAUGUUUGCCUCACAAUAAAUUUAACAAAUAAAAGCAUCAGCACCGUUGAGGUUUUUGUUAAUGAUUAGUGGAUAUCAACUUAGCAAAUUUUAUUCUGCU